UCACCAUUUUUCACCAUUUAUUUAUUAUAACUAUAAAAGUAGGAAACCUGCCAAAAGAUCAAAGAAAGUAAAUAAAUCUAAAAAAUCUAAUACUAAAAAAAAUGCUUCACCAAAACCAGCAUUGAGAAAAACAGAUAAGAUCUCAAAUAUUAUCCCAAACAUCAAUCCACAUUCAAAGCUUCUUGCCGACAAAUUGCAUAAUAUUGCUGUACCCCGUAGUUUACAAAAAGCAUUGUUUUUGGAUUUUGUGAUGAACAACACAUUUCAAAAGAUAUUAAAAUUUCCAGAGAAACAUUUUUUGGCAGAAAUUUUAUACGCUUUCACUCAAUCAACCUAUUUUGACGAUGAUAGCGAAAAGAAAAUUUCAACGAUGUUAUGUGUAACGCUGAUGCAAUAUUUUAACUCUCAUGUUAGCAAACAUCUAUUAUAUGUUAAUGAAAAAAGAUUCAAAUUAUAUAGAAAGGACAUAUCAGAUCCAUUUUAUAUUUUUGAUGUUGGUGAUCUUGUGAAUGAAGCAAUAAUUUGGCAGCAAACAUUACCACGUGUAAAACCUUUUUAUGCUGUAAAAUGCAAUGACAAUUCCUUCGUGUUAGAAACUUUGGCUGUGUAUGGAACAAAUUUUGGUUGUGCUUCCAAAGUGAUGAUCUUUAAAACAUACAUAAAUGUUACUCUAAUGUUAAUUGAAGGAAUAUAAUUAUUAAAUUAUGAAAAUUAUUUCAUUAAGGCCGAUAUAAAAAAAAUUUUGGACUUGGGAGUGAAUCUGUCGCGUAUAAUAUUCGCUAAUCCAACAAAAAUGGCUUCACAUAUUAAAUAUGCAGAGAGCAAAGGUGUUAAUCUGACAACAUUUGAUAAUGAACUAGAAUUACACAAAAUAAAAUCCAUACAUCCAUCCUGCCACUUGGUUAUACAAAUUCGUUGUGAUGCAAUUGAAGUACAAUGGUCCCCUUGGUAUCAAAUUUGGGUUUGAUCCUCUAACUGAAGCACCAACGUUAAUGGCAAUGGCCCAUGAUUUAGAUUUGUAUGUAGUUGGAGUGAGCUUUCAUAUUGGUUCAGGAUGCAGUGAACCAGCAGCCUUCUGAAGAGCAAUUGCUGUUUCAGCAGUCAUUUUCAAAUAUGCUCAGGAGUUAGGUUUUACGAAUAUGCACUUGUUAAACAUUGGUGGAAGAUUUCCUGGAAAUAAAAACACUUCCACUUUCACCACACAAAUUGCAGACAUAAUUAAUGAUGCACUUAAUAAAUGGUUCCCUCCAAAUAAUGGAGUGACCGUCAUAGCAGAGCCUGGUAGAUAUUUUGUGGCUUCAGCAUUUACACUCUCAACAAAAAUCCAUUCCAUUAAAAACCGUUCAAAUGAUGAAAGGCAUAUCAUGUAUUUCAUUAACGAUGUAGUGUAUGGUUCUUUCAAUAGUAUUCUUUAUGAUCAUACGGUUGUGAGCCUAAACCUUUAUAUGAUUAUUCAAGUACUCGUCCAAUUUAUGAGAGUUCCAUCUGUGGUCCUACUUGUCAUGGCUUAGAUAAAGUAGUUGUUUUUGCGAACAUGCCACUGCUGGGAUUGGGUGAUUGGAUUACUUUUGAAGAUAUGGGAGCUUAUACAAUACCUGCAGCUAGCACAUUUAAUGGAUUCUCCCUUCCUAAGGUCUUUUCUAUCGCCAAACAAAGAAUUUGGUUAGUUUUAAGCAUGGGCGGAUAGGCCUACCGGGCAACCGGGCAUUUCCCGGUGGGCCCCCCUUCGUAUUUCGGCA